UCCAAAGGAGGAGCUGCGGUUGCAGCGGCAGCAUCAGCAACGGCAGGAAAAAGAAGGAGGACGAGGAGGAUGCAGUGCCCAUCAGGCAGCUGACCCCGGGGGGGGAGCCCGGCCAUGGCCUUCCUGGGGGGGCCCCGGCUCCUGGACUGGGCCAGCUCCCCCCCUCACCUGCAAUUCAACCGCUUCGUGCUGACGGGCUACCGGCCGGUCAGCUCCGGGUCCGGCUGCCUCCGCAGCCUUUUCUACCUGCACAACGAACUGGGCAACAUCUACACCCACGGUAUCCCCCUCUUGGCGUUUCUCUUUCUGCUGCCCUUGGCCAUUCCAUGGGCCCACAUCUCAGUAGCAUGGCUGGGAAUAGCACAUUACCUGGCCUGUGUCUUUCCACAACUGGGCAGCGUGCUCUACCACCUCUUCAUGAACCACGAGGGAGGCCCAGCCGUUUACCACACCUUGCUCACUCUUGACAUGUGUGGGGUGUGCAUGGUCAACACUCUGGGAGCUCUGCCAAUCAUCUACUGCACGCUGGCCUGUAACCCGAUUCCCCGCACUGCCGCCCUGCUGGUCUACACAGGCUUGUCGAGCUAUGCCAUCUUCUGUGCAGUGACUGCCCGCUCCAGUGUCCGGCGCCUGCAGUCCUUUGCCUGGCAGGCCCUCUUCCGCUUCUUCUUCUUCUACCUGCGCUGGGUAGGACUGGGCAGCGGCCACCCCUCCUCUCUGCGUUCAUACCUCAUAAUGGAUGCUUUGGCUCUCCUGGGGGGCGUCAUCAACAUCUCGCGGGUGCCUGAGCGCUGGAAGCCGGGCCACUUUGACUACUGGUUCAACAGCCAUCAGAUUAUGCACGUGCUGGUGGUGGUCAGCAUCCUCUAUCUCCACUGGGGGGUCAUGGCGGAUCUACAGUGGAUCGCCAACUACGCCUGCCCAGUGGAGUGACUGCAGGGUGUCUGCACCCCUUCCUUUCCACAGAAUCACCCCACCGAUUGAGAAGUGGGAGUCUUCUCAAGGCAUGGGCCCUUAAGUUCUCCUCCUUCAACAUCUUCUCCAAGGGCUGAAGUGGACAGGGAAGACAUGUGUACUCCUUCUAAGCUGAACCCACUGAGAACAGUUUUAUUCCUGAGGUUAUGGGUUCCCUCCAGCUUAAGAACUUGUGGAUCAACACCAAUAGGUUCUGGAUACUUUUGGGUCUACAACAAUGGAUUUCCAUUGGUUGCGGUGCUCCUAGCUCAGUUUGUGGCGUUCAGUUAUUCUUCCAAGUUGCCAACAUGUUGGGGAGGGGUGGGUGGGGAAGACCUCUGUGGCUAGCCAGUGGUCUGGCUUGCUGGUGUACACUGCUCUAAGUUGUGGGAAGUCAUCAGCUGCAGUGGUGAAGGUUCUCCAAGGCCUCUGAUGUCCACUCUCUUUGGCUGUAGGCCUUACUCCAUCAUCAGAGCUAGUUGGCUUUGGCGGACUAGGAAGAAUACCAUUGCUUGGAAGUCUUUCACCUAUUUUGCGGGUGACGUAUGCACUGGGUAGACAAAAGGUUCAGUAGAAGAUGCUUGAUUUGGGUACAGCUUCUCUGCUUUAUAGAGACAGUUAUUUAAAUAGACUUUUUAUCCAGGUAUCUUUCAGACACCAUGCAAUACUUUCUUAUUUUUUAAAAGGGCUGGUUAGACCCGUGGGUAUUAAGAUCUGCUGCACUGAGUGGUGGUGAGGAUUUUUGUGGGGAGAAGAAUGGGUGGGAUGCAGCUAGCCAGUCUGUUGGAGAAGGGAUGCUCUGUAUGCAUUAUUUGCUCUGAAAAUGACUUGAAGCACUAAACCAGCUUUCUUUCCCCCGACCAAAGGGGCAACCAGGGGCCUUGAAACUGGAUUGGGGUGGAAAUUCAGGAAGCCAGGACCAGGUUUCCACCAGAUCUGGGAACCAUGACUCCAGCAUGCCUCAGUGUCCCAUUUCUCCCGGGGUGGGGGUGGGUGGGCGGUUUGAAUGUGUCCAUUCCUGGGGCUUAGCUCCCUGCUGCUCCAACUAUACAUCUUCUGCAGCCAGAGCAGGUACUUUCCAAAGCUUAGUUUAGCAUGCUCUUGAAAGAACUCCUUGUACUCCACUUAGUGGCAGUGGUUGUGGUUAUCACGAACCCAUGAACAAGCCACAGCUGCUGCUUUACUUCCUUUCUUACUGGUUUUUGCUGGCCAGCCAGCCACUUAGCUUCCUUCCUUCCAUAUUUUAGUUCGCUUCCUUCACUGGCUUCUGGAAUCAGCCGAGCUGAUCCAUAGCUCAGCUGAGUUCUGCCUGCAUUGAUGUAAAUGCAGAGGUUCUCAAACCUGGGUCCCCAAAUGAAGGGCUGCAGUUCCCAUUAUCCCCAGCCACAAUGGCAGUGUGGCUUGGGAUGAUAGGAGUUGUAGUCUAAUAACAUCUAGGGCAGGGGUAGGCAACCUUGACUCUCCAGCUGUUCCUGAACUACAACUCCCAUCAUCCCCAGCCACAAAAAUUGAGGCUGGGGCUGAUGGGAGUUGAGCAAUAACUGGAGAGCUCAGGUUGCCCACGCCUGAUCUAGGAGCCCGGGUUUGAGAAUGGCAUCAUGGAGCCCUCUGCAUGAAUGGCAUCAUCCAAUUAUGUCUUAAAUCAGUGAAGACUCUCUGGAGAAGAAAUAGCCAAGAGCUCAAUUUAGGCUGUUGGUCAGCAACCAGAUGUGUCAGGAAGCUGUUUUGAGAACAUAGGAACGGAAGGCCAAACUCUAGUGGCCUUUUGACAAUUUCCUUCACAACCCUCUCUUGUCCCUGGGGCCAGGCAUUACCUUUGGGGCCUCAAUUUGGCCCAGUGGUCUUCAGCCGCUGCCCCCUAAGUAAGUUCUCACUGUGUACAAGUGAGAUCAGUAAAUAAAUCAUAGGGGCUUUGUGGGGCGGGAGGGCUUAUUUGGUUCUGUUGGUUCACCUAGUAGUGUUCCCUAGCCCUCUUCAAACUCUGGAUGCUAACUGAGGGUUGUAGGGUGAUCUGAGAAUGGGAAUAAUUUUUCAUUUGGAGCUUCUUCUAGCUUUUAAGGUGGAGGUUCUUAAUUCACCAUAGAUCUAUAUCUAUAUAUUUUUGGGAGGGUCUGGCCUCCAAGGAAUGCACCAAAACCUGUUCAUGAAAAUCAAUACCCUAAUCUAUAUUUGGUGGCCCUUGUGAAUAAAGAAAUAUUUUGAUUUUUAACUCUAAUUUAACAAA